CGACCCGACGCACUCGGUCACCCUCUAACGGGCGAGUAUGAUUCUGGCUGGAUCAGACCAUUUCCUACCGGUGCCAGUAGAAACGACAGCGUUUCUGGGUGCCUGCGCUGGUUUUGUGACUCUUCUGCUGGUUGUGGUUCUGUACUUGUCGCGCAAGUGGUGCUUCAUACCGCCUUCGACGACGACUCUAUUUGGUGGUGUCUGCGUGCCACUUUGCGAGUCCAGCAACAGCUCCACGUCCCAGUCCUCCAAGAAUUUAGGAAAACCUUUUACCGUUGCGGAUCCGGAGACAAGCUCCGAUUCCGAAGAGGACGCACUCCGCAGACUGAAUUAUCGUUUGCAACAUCCACCAGACACUCUGACCAUUCAGGCAGAGGAUGGACCCCCUUUGGGAGAGGCUGGAACAACUUCCAGCAGUUGUACCGAAGAUCAUUCUCCAGAUCAACAGUGUGUGGUGGAAGUGGGUGCACCAAGUCAUCCCCUUGAUACCAGAGAAUCAGAAUCCCAGAUUGAACACCAUACAUCGCCAAAUACAAUCGAUGAGGUGACAACAAUAGGAGUUGCUCCUGAGGAAGUUGGAACUUUAGAAGUUGCUUUCCUCUACGAUGCUCCAAUGCGAGAAAUGACUGUACAAGUCUUGCAAGGUCGAAAUUAUCCAGCAGGGAUAAAUGGUAGCCAGGUGAGAUUAGUUUUGCUGCCCUCGAAAAAACAGAGACGUAAGACUCGAGUUCGUCAGGGGACGUCGCCCCAGUAUAUGGAAAGUUUCUUGCUACCUCGAGUCAACCCGGAGGACGUAAACGCCAUGGGUGUCAGGUUGAGAGUUUACCUCUGGAGUGGCAGAAUGCGAAGAGAAAGACUUUUAGGCGAGGCUCGAGUAAGCUUUGAUCAAAUAAAUCUUCAACUCGAAACCACUUUGUGGCUCACUCUUCAACCCCCACCUUCAGCCUCGAUCCAGGACUGGGGAACAACCAGCAGUCUCACUAGAAGUGACUCAACUGGUUCCCAACAAUCAGUUCAAUCAUACGCGUCUCCGACUACUCCACCAUACGGAAGUAGUAUGAAAGGCGGAAGUGCCGCUGAAAUUCUUAUAGGUUUGACCUACAAUGGCACCACAGGUCGCCUAUCGGUGGAAAUAAUUAAGGGAUCCCAUUUUCGAGGAGGAGGAGGAAAUGACACUAAACCUCCGGACACCUACGUCAAACUUUCCUUGGUUGACAGCAACUGUCAUGAGAUGGCACGAUCUAAAACUUGCCUCAAACGUGCUCAACCCAAUCCUCUUUACAAGGAGACGUUUGUAUUUCAGGUGCCUCUUUUCCAACUCGGAGACGUGACCCUCUUCCUCUCAGUCUACAAUCGCCGAAGAAGCAGUAUGGGGAAGAAGACCAAGGAGAUGAUCGGGUGGCUCUGCCUGGGCUUGAACAGCUCAGGCGCCGAAGAAUUACAGCAUUGGAACGACAUGCGUGCCUCUCGAAUUCCCACCCAAAUUCAACGCUGGCACUCCCUGCUUCGGCCUUGA